AUGGCUAGCAAUGAAAGCGAAUACAUGCUUGUUCCUCAUAAACAUAAAAUCAAUUUCUACAAAACCACAAAAGUUCGUGUAUCCACUGAUUUUGUUGAUACAGUAGAUCCUUAUCAUUUUAUCUCUUUCCCAGAUUUGCUAGCCAGGAACUUUGACACUCGUGUUGCAUUUGGUGAAGUUGUGUCAACUGAUCCCAUGCGAGUCAUUGUUGAGUAUGGAAGAGAGAAAAGGUUAAUGAAUCUGGUUGCUCAGGAUUUAAGUGGUACGAGAAUUGCAGUCGCUUUGUGGGGCAGUUUUGCAAUGAAGCUGAAUACUUACAUUUCACAACAUAAUAAUGAGACUGCUCCUGUUAUUAUCCUGCUACGUUUGGCCAAACUCAAAAUUUGGGGUGGUAAGUAUUUUUUACAACAAAUUAUCAUUUCAACUUCAAAAUUGCAUAUAAAUGAUGAUAUGCCUCAGAUUUUGGAGUUCAAAUCAAAUCUUAAUGCUUUGGAUACGAAUGUUGAGUCUUCUAGCCGUACAUCCCAGCUCAACUCAGAUACUGUUGUGGCUAAUCCAGAGGAUUACUACCUCCGUUUUCAGAUAAAAAACAUUGAUGAAAUUCCUGAUUUUAAUGAGUUGGUUUAA